GGGAGGGGUCAGCAUGAGAGCUUAGGGCCGGUGUAUAAGAGUAGGUCCAGGUGAGAGAGAAGAGACACAGCAGAACGAGGAGCUGCAGAACACAGGAGACACACAAAGGUGCCACAGAGAACAGAAAGGUAGUAAUCAUGAUCCGAGGUCUGCUGUCGGUGCUGUUGGUCCUGGUGGCCAUAGCCGUGUCUUCAUCUCUGGCUAAGCCUGAGAAGAACAUCGCCAAGAGGGGGAAGAGGAUCCCUCAGACUCUCUCCAGAGGCUGGGGUGAUCAACUAAUCUGGGCUCAGACCUAUGAGGAGGCUCUGUACUGGGCCAGGGCACAGAACAAGCCUCUGAUGGUCAUCUUCCACCUGGAGGACUGUCCUCACAGUGCAUCCAUGAAGAAGGUCUUCGCUGAAGACAAGGACAUCCAGAAGGUGGCUGAUGAAGACCUCAUCGUCCUCAAUCUGGUGUAUGAAACCACAGACAAGCACCUUUCCCCUGAUGGCCAGUAUGUCCCUAGAAUCAUCUUUGUCGAUCCCUCUAUGACAGUGAGAGCUGACAUCACAGGGCGCUACUCCAACCGUAUGUACGCCUAUGAGCCUUCUGACAUCAAACUCUUACUGAGUAACAUGCAGAAGGCCAAGAAGCUGCUGAAGACUGAGUUGUAGUAAGCACUGACUCAUCAUGUAACCCCAUGACCUUUGGCCUGCGACUUCAGAGGUUCUCCGAACAUUGUCUGAACGUUCUCUGGAGCCUAGGAGUCAGCCAGUGGCAUACUGUCACCAUGUAAACCUAAGCACUGGAAAGAACUAGUCUUCACUUUCACAAAACGUUUUUUAAAUUCAGUUAUUUUUCCUGAACUUCUCUGUCUUUGUAAUGUAUUGCUGUACAUCUGAGAUGUCUUUUUAUUAAAUAUAGUGCAAUUAUGAAA